AUGGAACCUGCCGCCAACACCAACCCGCCGGGCACAAACGAUUCCCUCGCCGAAUCCGAACCUGCUGCUAACGACGGCGGACGCCCGAUCCAGAGCUGGACUGUGGACGGGUACUCAAUCGUCGACGGCAAGUACCUCGGCCUCUCCACGGGCGAGCUCAAGACACACGUGGCUGGUGUGGACCGGUUCAGGGGCGGCCCGCCGUCGGUCUCCGUUUAUUGGCAGAACCAACUGGCCACGGGCCGCGGUGACCAGUUCCUGGUAGUUGCCAAGGUCGUCACACACGUGAGGGACCUCACCGAGUACCUGGCGCGCGUUGGUACUUUUCUUGGAAAGGGCCUGUGCAAGGUACACUCGUUGAAUGCGACGCGCUAUGAAGUGUACGUGGUCGUGUUGUCGGAGCUGUCCCAGGGGGGAUUUCAGGAGGCUUUGGCGAAGGAUGGGCUUUUGUAG